AUGUCAACAGAGGAACUCGUGCAGCGGGUUGUACAAAUGCAAAUGACGAGUCCUCAUUUUGCGGAAUAUUGCGUUGCUCACGUCACAGAUUCCAAACAUAAGUUUUUAUUCGAUGCAACAGAUAGUGAAGAGAGGCGACUUUACUGCGCGCUUCUUCAGAGGAUGAGGGGGGGAUUUAUUAGUGACGAGUCGAGGGAAUGUGCGGGAGCGACGGCGGCAGGAACGGAGCGUCAGCGGCAGCGGCAUCGGCAUCGCAUGUUAACAUUAUGGCAAUCGCUAUCACAUUAUUUUACGAGUGCUGGUGCCGCUGGUGCCACCACUUUUUGUAGUCGUGUGGCAGCCUCAGCUGCUGUUGUGUAUGGUCCACAUAUGCCGCAUAUGUUUCGCAACAUAAAGGAUUUGGCUGCAUUUGUUGAAAUGGUUGAUGCGGCCCCACGUGGUGAAGAACAUCAGCGUGCCAUUGUGCAAUUCAUGCGAGGGAGGCUCCCCAUGACGGAGGUGUUUCUCCAUGUGAUGCUUCAGUUAUGUGAUGGUUACGUAUAUGAGGCCUGGUGCAUGCAAGCGCAGAAACCCGUGGAAGAAAUGUGCAUGAGGGGCGGAAAAAACCAAAAAGAGGAGGAGGGAGGCAGCGCUUACGGUAUGGCGAGUAGACGAAAAGAUGCUGCCAGUUGGAGCACAAACUACACGGCUCCAUCUGAUAUUAUGGUGGAUGAAGCGGCGUUGCAGAAGGGCGGAACGGUGAUUUUUCUCGCGAAUAUGUUGAUGGCAGAACACGAGACAUUUGGGCGACCGCUGCGGUAUGGGGCGGUAUUUGAGCAUUAUAUUCUUCGUAUGGUGCAGUUGUUGGCGAGAUAUGCGAUGGAUGGUUCCGAGGCGUUGGCAUUUGUGAGGGAAACGGUGGAAGUUUGGACGGAGGGAAAUGUGUUUGCGCCCGCAACCCUGCAAGACAUGCGUGAUGCUGUUGGAAUCAAAGCUAAUGCGAAUAAUCACAGAUAA